AUGCCCGAUAACAACUUUGUCCACGAGCCCAUCGCCAUCAUUGGCAGCGGCUGUCGCCUUCCUGGAGGUGCCAGCUCACCAUCCAAGCUCUGGGAGCUUCUGCGGGAUCCUCGCGAUGUCCUAAGGAAGAUCGACCGUUUCGAUCCGGAUGGUUUCUAUCACCCCGAAGGCCGUCACCACGGCACAGCCAACGUGCAACAUGCGCAUCUACUUGAUGAGGAUUUUCGUCUCUUUGACCCUGGCUUUUUUGGCAUCAAGCCCGUCGAAGCAGAGUCCAUCGACCCCCUCCAGCGCCUCCUACUCGAGACCGUGUACGAGUCACUCGAGAACGCCGGCCUCCCCAUAGAACGCCUUCACGGCUCCGACACGGCCUUCUACGCUGGCGUUAUGGCCACCGACUACACUGACCUCCUCAUGCGCGACGUCGAUACCAUCCCCCAGUACUUCGCCACAGCCACCGCGAGGUCCAUCAUCUCCAACCGCGUGUCAUACAUUUUUGACUGGCACGGACCAUCCAUGACUAUCGACACGGCUUGCUCGUCCAGCAUGCUCGCUCUUCAUGGUGCAGUAACCAGUCUCAGGACGGGUGAAUCCCGUGUGGCUGUGGCCGCAGGCGGCAACUUGAUCCUUGGACCUGAACUCUUCAUCGCCUUGAGCAAGGUGAACAUGCUGUCUCCCCAGGGCCGGUCGGCUAUGUGGGAUGCUGGUGCCGACGGCUACGGUCGGGGCGAAGGCUUCGUUUCCGUAGUCAUGAAGAGGCUCAGUGAUGCGAUCAAGGACGGCGACCAUAUCGACUGCGUUAUUCGCGAGUCUGCCACCAAUCAGGACGGCAGAACUAUGGGUAUCACUAUGCCGAGCGCCCAGGCGCAGGCUGAGCUGAUCAAAACGGCUUAUGCCAACGUGGGCUUGGAUCUGCGGUCUCCUAAAGACAGGCCCCAAUUCUUCGAGGCUCACGGCACUGGCACCAAGGCCGGUGAUCCUCAGGAAGCCGAGGCAAUCCACACUGCCUUCUUUGGGGGGAAUACCUUUGAUACAUCGCCCCAGAGCCACCCGCUCUACGUCGGCGGUAUCAAGACGGUCGUGGGCCACACCGAAGGCACCGCCGGUCUCUCGGGUUUACUGAAAGCCUCGCUAUCGCUGCAGGCCGGCGUCAUCCCACCUAAUCUGUUGUUCCGCACCCUGAACCCAGACCUUAUUCCGUUUUACGGUCCCCUCGAAAUACCCACGAGCGCCAUUUCCUGGCCGCCACUGGCUGAAGGAAGUCCCAGGAGAGCCAGCGUUAACAGUUUUGGUUUUGGAGGUGCAAAUACCCACGUCAUCCUCGAAAGCCACACACCCUCAGAGAACCCUCCCAACACGGCGUCUUGGACGGAUGCAUCAUCUAUCCUACCAUUUGUCUUCUCUGCCAGCUCCGAAGCAGCGCUGCAGAGGUCACUCAUCUCCUACCAAGACUAUCUUGCAAACCACCCCAGCGUCAACCUGUCCGAUCUCUCUUGGACUCUCAGAGCACGCAGGUCGGCCCUGCCCGUCAAAGUUGCCAUUGCCGCCGCAAGCGUCAACGAACUGCAAAGCAAGAUCAAGGAGAAGCUGGACAGCUUGGAGAGCACCCCUGGCUCGACGAUCGGAAUCCGUUCCAAGACGGGCGAGCGCAAGAUUCUCGGUGUCUUUACCGGACAAGGAGCCCAGUGGGCCACCAUGGGAAGGCAGUUGAUUGAUACCAUUCCUCGCGCCAGAGAUCUAGCCAACAAACUCGACGCUGCGCUGCAGGCCCUGCCGAACCCCUACAAGCCGUCUUGGAGCAUCUUGGCGGAGCUCUCCAAGGACUCUGCCUCGUCUCGCUUGCAGGAGGCCGCUUUCUCGCAGCCGCUCUGCACGGUUGUGCAGCUCAUCCUCAUCGACCUCCUCCGCGCCGCGGGGAUCGAGUUUUCUGCCGUCGUUGGACACUCCUCCGGCGAGAUUUGCGCCGCACACGCCGCGGGGUUCUUGUCUGCUGAGGACGCCACCAAGAUUGCCUACCUUCGUGGUUACUUCGCCGGCCUGGCCAAGGGACGCUCGGGCGAGAAGGGCGCCAUGAUGGCCGUUGGUGCCUCGAUGGAGGGCGCCCAGGAGCUUUGCGAUCUCCCCGAGUUCCGUGGCAAGAUCAAGGUGGCCGCGAGCAAUUCGUCAUCCAGUGUGACCUUGUCCGGCGACGCCGAGGCAAUUGCUCAGGCCAAGGAAGUUUUGGAUGAGAGAAAGACUUUCGCCAGGGCAUUGAAGGUCGAUACCGCGUACCACUCCCAUCAUAUGCAGCCGUGUGCCGAGCCGUAUGUGGAAGCAUUGCGCGCCUCUGGCAUUACCCUGACGUCGCCAACGGGCGAUUGUAUCUGGUACUCGAGCGUGCUUGAUGGGAACAAGGUCGAGCUGAACGACACCCUCGGUGGGACCUACUGGCGGGAUAACAUGGUCAACACCGUGCUCUUCUCUCAGGCCGUCACAGCCGCGGUGAAUAACGGAGGGCCGUUCCACCUCGCUCUAGAAGUUGGCCCCCAUCCUGCUCUGAAAGGCCCGGCUUCGCAAACACUCGCCGAGCUCAGCGUCGAUAUCCCUUACUAUGGCGCGCUGAAGCGUGGCGCGAGCGAUUUCUUGGCCUUCUCGGAUUGCCUGGGCUCCGUGUGGGCAAACUUUGGUGGGUCGGCUGUCGAUUUCGAGGCGAUUCAUGCCACCCUUCCCGAGGCCGGCCGCCCGACUCUUCUCAAGAACUUGCCCACGUAUGCUUGGGACCAUGACAAGCCAUACUGGUACGAGUCUCGCAAGAGCAAGCAGUACCGUACCCGGUCACAAAUUCCCCACGACCUUCUCGGCACCAGGGCCGACGAUGGAACUGGUGUCGAAUUGCGCUGGCGCAACUUCCUCAGCGUCCAGGACCUUCCAUGGCUGGAAGGCCAUCAGAUCCAAAGCCAGGUUGUGUUCCCUGCGGCAGGGUACAUUUCAAUGGUUCUGGAGGCCGCUCAAAUGAUGGCCAGAGAGGAGCAACAGGAUAUCCAGCUUCUCGAGGUCUGUGACCUCGACAUUACCCGUGCGCUUGUCUUCCCCGAUGAAAAGGCCGGUAUCGAAACCACGACGGCCCUUACCAACAUCACGGUUCACGCUGACGCCAUCACGGCGAACUUUGCCAUCUCUGCGCACCUCUCCCGCGACGCCACACACCUGACCAAGGUCGCCGACGGCACAGUCCGCGUCGUCACGGGUCCAUCGUUUUCUCAGCUAGCCCCGCGGACUGCUACCCCUGCUCACCUGAUCCCUAUCGACUCCGACCGCUUCUACUCCUCUCUCCAGGAUGUUGGCUACGGUUACACCCGGGAGUUCCGCACUUGUUCCGAGAUGCGCCGCCGCCUUGACUUCUGCACCGGUUCGAUUCAGAAGCCCGAGGAUAGAUCCCUUCUUGUACACCCGGGUGUGCUGGAUCAAGCCUUCCAAGCCCUCUUUGGGGCUUACUGCUGGCCUGGUGAUGGCAGGUUCUGGACUCUGUUCCUCCCCAAGAGCGUCCGCAAAAUCACGGUUGAUCCGUCGCAAUACACCACGCAGAAUGACCGGUUGGACUUCGAUGCCUGGCUCGGAGAUAGCCCGUCCAAGGAGAUGCGUGGUGACGUCUUCUUCUCAGCUGGAAAUGACACCGUCAUCCAGGUCGAAGGCGCCAGCAUGGUCUCGGUCAACCAGACUACCGGCCGCGAUGACCGCCCCAUGUUCUUCGAGACCGUAUGGGGUGUUGCUUCCCCCGAUGGAGACCUCGCCGCUGCUGGCGAACGUGCCACGGACGAGGAGUGGGAAAUGGCCGAGGCCUGCGAGCGGGUUGCCCACUACUACUGGCGCAAGCUUGACGAGACGCUAACGCCGUACGAGAGAGAGAACUGCGCCGAGAACCACAAGCACUUGCUUGCCGCCAUCAAGCACUUGCUCGGUCGCCCGAUGGACGGUAGACAGUCGUACCUCAAGCCCGAGUGGCAAAACGACGACGAGAGGGCCAUUGAGGAAUUGAGGCAGCGAUACCCCUCGUCCAUCGAUAUCAAGCUCAGCACCACUAUCCUCGAGCAUAUGAGGCCUGAUAACAUGCUGGAUGACUUCUAUUCCCAGAGUCUUGGUCUGCCUGCCACCAACCGGUCCCUGGGUAGGAUGGUUAAGCAGCUGACUCACCGCUAUCCCCGCAUGAACUUCAUCGAGAUCGGCGCGGGAACCGGCUCUUCAACCCAGGCCAUCUUGGAUGCCGUGGACAAUGCCUACUCGUCCUACACGUUUACCGAUAUCUCGAGCGGCUUCUUCGAGAAGGCCGCCGAGCGGUUCGAAAGCGCCGGCGAUAAGAUGAUCUACAAGACAUUUGAUGCCGAAAAGACGCCGGCUGAUCAGGGCUACAAGCCCGGCUCGUACGACGUUGUCGUUGCUUCCAACGUCCUGCACGCCACCACCAACCUCCACAAUACCCUCCGGAAUGUGCGGGCGCUCCUGAAGCCCGGCGGAUACCUCUUCCUUCUGGAGAUCACGGAUAACACCUCGAUCCGCUACUCAUUCUCCAUGGGUGGUCUCUCCGGUUGGUGGCUGGGUGUCAACGACGGCCGCCCCUAUUCUCCAUGCAUCACCCGGUCCAAGUGGAACCAGGCCCUGCGCAAGGCUGGCUUUGCCGGAGUCAGCGCCGUGACUCCCGCCCACGAUAUCCACCCCAACCCGUUCUCGGUGAUUGCUUCUCAGGCGGUCGAGGAGAAGAUGGACCAACUUCGCCGGCCUCUACUCAAGACUCAGCUCCGUGGGGACAGCAGCAACGCCCCGCUGUACAUCCUCGGCGGCCUUGACCUCGAGACCUCCAAUAUUGAAGUCAUCACCAUCGACACCUUGGAGGAAAUCGUCGAUGCCAACAUGCAGCCAAACUCCACCGACAUGACCCCGACCCGCCUCAAGGCCCUCCAGCUCCUCGUCGAGAACACCCACCACCUCCUCUGGAUCACGCACGCCCAAGAGCGCGAAAACCCCUGGUCCAACGCCUCGCUGCCCAUCCUCCGCGCGCAGAUCCUCGACUUCGGCCUCGCCGAGUCCCCCGCCGCCCACACCUCCCUCAUCGCCGAGUCCCUGCUCCGCCUGCUCGCCACGGGGCCCUGGGAACGCGACCCCUCGUUCAAGGACCAGAUGCUCUGGACCACCGAGCCCGAGCUCCGCUUCCGCGACGGCAAGCUCUGGCUGCCCCGCGUCCGAGGCCACGCGGCCAACGACGACCGUAUUAAUGCUUACCGCCGCAGCAUCAAGCGCGCUGCCGCUGCUGAUGAUGACGUGCAGGCCGCUGCUAAGCUGCACGAGGACGAGGAUGGCGCGUGGGCGCUGCGCCAGCACUACGUGCCUAAGGUUAUGCCGUCGCAGCCGGGCGGUGCUGAUGCGGUGGCUGUUCGCGUGCGGUAUAGCACGCUGCGCGCGCUAGUCGCUGAUGAGGUUGGCUCGGCCCUGCUGCUGGUGGUUGGGCAGCUGGUUGAGACCGGCCGGUGGGUGGUCGCGCUUGCGGCGGAGCGCGCUUCCAUUGUGCAGGUGGACCGGGCCUGUGUUGUCGAGCUGCCGCAAGGUUUCACCGAGGACAAGGCGUUGGCGCUCCUGAAGGUGGUGCUGGCGGAGGGCCUGGCCAGCAGGAUUGCGAAGCUGGCUGGCGGUCAUGGUGGGCUUGUCUUGGUCCAUGAGCCGGAUGCGCCGUUGGUUCGUGCCUUGCUCGCGAGGGGGAGCCAGGGGGCCUUUGAGGUCAAAUUCACGACGACCCAGGAUCCGUCGAAGGCGAAGGAUGCCGGCUGGAUCUACCUGCAUCCUCGCCAGUCGGCACGCGCUGCUCGCCAGGUGCUCCCGAGCACUGCUUCCGCUUUUGUUUCCCUCUCCGGAAGCGACAUCGUUGCGGAUCUCAUCGCUAUCGCUUCCCAGCUCACUCCCCUGGUGGAGACGGCGGUUUCGAGCAACUUGGCCGCCCAACCGUUCUCCGAUGUCGUUUCGUUGGAGAGCUUGCAGGAGGGCUCGAGUCAAGCCCUUGGCUCGCUGACCCUGGUUGACUGGCAAUUCUCGCCUUCCCUUGCACUGGAGGUUUCCCCACCGCUCCCCUCCAAGAUCUUCAAGUCAAACAGGUCUUACAUGCUCGUUGGUAUGACAGGCGAGAUGGGUCAAUCGCUCUGCCGCUGGAUGGUCCGCCAUGGCGCUGGCGCUGUCAUCAUGACCAGCCGCAACCCCAAGAUCGAGAAGGCCUGGAUCGACGAGCUGGAGGCAACCGGCGCAAAGAUCAAGGUCGCUGGAUUCGACGCCACCAGCCGCGAUGCUUGGGUCAAGUUCGCCGCCGAGGUCAGACAGGACCUCCCUCCCCUAGCCGGUAUCAUCAACGGCGCCGUCGUCUUGCAGGAUCAGUUCUUCCUCGAGAUGGACAUCAACGGCUUCAACGGGACGCUCAAGCCCAAGGUCGAUAGCACGAUCCACCUCGACGAGGUCUUCCGCGACGAUCCCUUAGACUUCUUCCUCGUCUUCUCUUCCCUCUCCUCCAUCAUCGGCAACCGGGGCCAGGCCAACUACAACGCCGCCAACGCCUUCAUGACCUCCUUCGUGCAGCAGCGCCGGGCACGCGGCCAGGCCGCCUCGGUCCUCCAGCUGGGCAGUGUCGUCGGCGUCGGCUUCCUCACGCGCGCCGGCGACGUCAUGGAGCAGAUCCUCGUCAAGUACGGCUACCUGCCCGUCUCCGAGGUCGACCUGCAGCACCUCGUCGCCCAGUGCGUCAUGGCCGGCCUGCCCGGCUCCGGCGAGAACCCCGACAUCAUCACCGGUCUGCGCUAUGCCUACGAGGAUGAGGAUACCGGUGUCCAUUGGGUCAACAACCCGCGCUUCGCCCACAUGAUCCUGCCACCGGAGAAGGAGUCGGUUGAUAACGGCGACAAGAAGGUGGUCCUGUCUACUAGGGCCCAGCUCGCGGCGGCGAGCUCCGAGCCGGAGGCUUGCAAGGCCCUUGAGGGCUGCUUCGGCGCGAAGCUCAGGGCAAUGCUACAGAUGGAUGAGGCCUCGUUCCGUGAUGAUGCCGCUUUGAUUGAGAUGGGUGUGGAUUCGUUGGUGGCUGUGGAGAUUAGGUCCUGGUUCCUCAAGGAGGUUGAUGUGGACAUGGCCGUCCUCAAGAUCUUGGGCGGUGCCUCGACCAUUGAUCUGUGCCAGUUUGCGGUGGAGAAGAUGCCGAGGGACCUACUUCCCGGGCUGGUUGAGGGUGGCGCGGCGCCGGCGGCGGACAAUGCCCCUGCUCCUGCCCCUGUCAAGGUUGAGGAGAAGCCAUCUGUUCCCGCUUCGCCGGAAAGCGCUGGUAGCGAUACUGGGAAGGACUUUGUGCAUGCGGAUGCGUCGGAUAGUACCACCAGCAGCUCGCCCAGCGCGGGAAGUCCUACUCCCUUUACUCCCGCCCAGGACCCCCCGAAUGGGAGCCCCCCGUCCUCGAUCGGAGAGGACGAGGUCAUCGUCAAGAAGCCAGCCCCGGAGGUAACGCGCCGUGUCAGGGUCUCGUCGGCACAGUCUCGGUUCUGGUUUUUGAACAUGUUCCUCUCUGACCGCACCUCUUCAAACGUGACUCUCUCUUACAACAUGCGCGGCCACGUCCGAAUUUCGGACUUCGCUCGGGCCGUGAAACAGACAACCAAUGCUCACGAGGCGCUCCGGGCCUGCUUCAUCGCGGACGAGGAUUCAAGCGAGAAGGCCUGGCAAGGACUAAUGCAGACCUCCAAGGUCGAGCUCGACCACAGGACGGUAGCAACCGACGAGGAGAUCUCGGCGGCAUACCAAGAGGUCCGAAGCACGGUGUAUGACCUCGAACAGGGCGAAACCAUGCAGAUCGUUCUGCUGUCCAAGAACCCAACUACCCACACCAUCAUCUUUGGAUACCACCACAUCGUGCUGGACGGUGUCGGUUUCACCGCCUUUGUUGCUGACCUGGAACGGGCAUACAAGGGUCAACGGCCGUCACCGCAAGGCCUCCAGUACGCAGAAUUCUCUGAACAGGAGGGCGUCGCCAUCGGCAAGGGGAGUCUACAACAGAACCUCGAAUACUGGAAGAACAAAUUCCAUGAGAUGCCCCCCCUUCUCCCGCUGUUGCCGGUGGCCAACGUCACCGCCAGACAAACCGUGGGCACCUACGGCUCGAGCUACGUCGAACAGCGGCUCAAUGCCAGACUCGCAGAGAGCCUCAAGGCCUGCUGCAAGAAGUUCCACGUCACCUCGUCGCACGUCUACCUCGCCACCUUCCGCGUCAUGCUCAUGCGCCUCGCUGGCGUGGACGACCUCUGCAUUGGUCUGGCCGAUGCCAACCGCCACGAAAGCAACGUCUCGUCGACGGUCGGCCUCUUCUUGAACAUGUUGCCUCUGCGGUUCAAGCAGUCGUCCGAGGCGACUUUCGGCGAGAUCCUGAAGGAAACCCGUGGCGCCGUGUACGAAGGUCUCGGUCACGCCGGCGUGCCUUUUGACGAGCUGCUCCAGGCUCUCCAGGUCCAGCGCUCGUCAAGCCACAGCCCCCUGUUCCAGGCCUUCUUUGACUACCAUCGGGGUGCGCAGGAGAAGCUCGAGUUUGCCGACACCACGUGGGAGAAUGCCGACAGGAACCCGGGUGAGCGGGCCUACGAUAUCACCCUGGAUGUCAUCGAGGGGAGUGCUGGCUCGUUGGUCUCGCUGAUCGGCCAGGAGUACCUCUAUGGGAUCCCUGAGAUGCAGAAGCUGCUCGACUGCUACCUUACGCUGCUGGAUCAACUUGUCUUCAGCGAGAGCCAAGUUCAGGCCGCUUUGGACGUGGGUAACGGCUCGCGUAUGGACUUCGAAUGGGCCCCCACGUUGGGGCAUCGGGUCGAGGAAAUGUGCCAGCAGUUCCCGGGCUCCAUCGCGCUUAAAGACGGUAGUGCCUCCAGCUUGACCUACCGCGACUUGAAGAACAAGGCCUGGGCGAUCCGGGAGCAGCUCUUGGCGGGGGGUGUGAAGCCCGGGGACCGUGUUGCCGUGUUGCAAGAGGCGACCCCUGAUUGGAUCUGCUCCGUCAUCGCCAUCUUCUGGGCGGGAGCUGUCUACGUGCCGAUGGUUCUCCUGAACCCGGUACCGCGGCUCAUCGCCAUUAUCCAAGCGUCCGAGCCGACAGCGAUCCUGGUUCACGAUGCGACCGGCCAUCUCAUCCCGCAACUGCAAGCAGGAAAUGCCACGGCGGUGAAUGUCAGUCGUGUAUCGUCUGCGGGAUCUGCGCCCGCAACCGUCACCGUGUCGGCGUCGGCUGAGGACCCGGCUGUUAUCCUGUUUACCAGCGGCAGCACCGGCACACCCAAAGGCAUUGUUCUCCGCCACAGGAAUCUUGUCAAUCACAUCGAAGGCUACGUCAAGACGUGGGGCAUUGGCCGUGAAGUUGUCCUUCAGCAGAGCGCUUUCUCGUUCGACCUUUCCAUCGGGCAGAUCUUCACUGCCCUGGCCAUGGGCGGAACUCUCGUCGUGGCCCCUGAGGAAACUAGGCGCGAUCCCUCAAUGCUUGUCAGCCUCAUCCGCCGUCAGAAGAUCACAUGGACACUCCUCACCCCUUCAGAGUAUGCGGGUGUCCUUCAAGCGGCCCCGGAGGAGUUGCGACGCGCCUCGUCCUGGAAACAUGCCCUUGCCUGUGGUGAAGCGCUCACACCGAGGCUUGUCCGCGAGUUCGCCGCCCUCGGACAUGAGACGGUCCGACUUUACAACUGCUAUGGACCCGCUGAAGCCAUCAUUUCUGCCACCAUGGCCGAGAUCCCGUUCCGUGAUGGCGCCGACGGCCCAGUACCGGUGGGACGUCCGAACGCCAACUACUCGAUCCGCAUCAUCGAUGAGCAACGCAACCUCGUGCCGCAGGGAUUCCCGGGCGAGAUCCUGAUCGGUGGUUGUGGAGUUGGCAUUGGAUACCUUAACGAGAAACAGCUGACGGAUGACAAGUUCCUGCCUAACAAGUUGGUGUCCGCCUGGGACGUUCAGCAUGGGUGGAACGUUUCCUACCGCACCGGUGACGUUGGCCGUCUUCGCGCGGAUGGAACCCUGAUGCACGAGGGCCGGCUCGAGGGAGACAGCCAAGUCAAGAUCCGCGGCUUCCGAGUCGACCUUCUGGAUAUCGAGUCGACACUCUUGAACGAAUCCACGGGUGUCAUCGCAGAUGCCGUGGUAACGAUGCGGAGCGAAGCACAAGUCAUUGUGGCACACGUCAUCUUCGUCAAAGACCAGCUGCCUGCGGAAAGACAGGGGGCAUACCUGAGCGAGCUCCUCGCGUCCCUCCCACUACCGGCGUACAUGAAGCCGACCGUGGCUGUUCCCGUGGAUGAGUUCCCGAAGAACCUUCACGGCAAAAAGGAUCGCCGCGCCAUCGUGGCCCUCCCUCUUCCGCAGAACGCGAACUCUUCCGCCGCUGCUGGCACCGGUGCCCUCGAGGCCUUGAGCCCCGUCGAGGCAAGGCUCGCUGAGGCGUGGUUCGAGGUGCUUCCUCCCGACUUUACCCAGCUGUCCGCCAUCAACGGCCAAACCGACUUCUUCGCCGUGGGCGGCAACUCGCUGCUGCUUGUCAAACUUCAGGCCCGUAUUCGCGCCGCGUUCAACGUGUCUCUACCGCUCAUUCAGCUUCUGGACGUCAGCAUCUUGUCGGAGAUGGCCACACUCGUGGAGUCUUCCCGCGUUGUUGAUACGAUAAACUGGGAGCAAGAGACCGCAGUGGAUGCCGAACUGCUGGGGAUUGCCAGCCGACCACCAGCAUCCUCGGUGAAGACCACAGGCAAGACCGUCGUCUUCACCGGCGCGACCGGAUACUUUGGCCCGUACAUGCUUGAGCAACUGAUCUCCGACUCAUCCGUCGCAGCCAUCCACUGCGUUGCCGUCCGAGCCAAGAACCAGUCGGACGCCGAAUCCCGCCUCCCCAAAUCCAUCACCGCCAACGCCAAGGUCACCGUCUACCCCGGCGACCUCGGAAACCCUCUGCUUGGUCUCCCCGAACCCGUGUUCUCCGAGCUCACUAACACGGCCGACCUGAUCAUCCACUCUGGCGCGCGCCGCUCCUUCUGGGACUCGUACUACUCCCUCCGCGACACCAACGUGGCCUCCACGCGCACGCUCCUGCACCUGUCCGCGCCGCGCCGCAUCCCAAUCCACUUCCUCUCGACAAGCGGCGUCCUACUCCUCUCAGACGCCACCAACCCCUACCUCACCACCACCACCACCCAACCCCAAACCCCAUCCCUCCGCCACACCCCGCCCCCCACCGACGGCUCCGACGGCUACGUCGCCUCCAAAUGGGCCAGCGAAGUCCUCCUCGAGAACGCGGCACACACCCUACACAUCCCCAUCGCCGGGCCCGACGCAGCCGUCGCAGCCACGGCGCUGGAGGAGCUGCUCGCGCCAACGACGGCGCUGGGCGCGCUGCCCGAGCGCAGCACGUGGUCGGGCCGGUUCGAUGUGGUGCGGAGCAAGGUGCUGGCGGGCGCGGUGGUGGGUGCGGAUUUCAAGUUUGGGGGGGGUGUUGGGGGUGGGGAGGUGCGGUUUGUGCACCACGCGGGCGAGGCGGCGCUGACGCCGGGGGAGAUGUUUGAUUUCUUUGAGGCGAGGCUUGGGGGCGUGGUGAAGGGGAGGAUGGGGCUGCUGGAGUGGGUGGGGGCGAUUAAGAGGGAGGGGUAUGGGUGGUUGUUUUCGACGCAUGAUUUGGCGUUGACGAGGAGGGAGAAUGGGGUGGAGACGACGUUGGUGAAUCGGCGGUGAGGUGGAUUGUGAUGGGUUGUGAACUUGUGUGGGUUGGCGUUGAGGUGUUGCGGGUUUGGUUGUGGGAAUGGAGGAGUUAACUACUACCUUACCUAAUUUUGUUUUGAAAUUUUGAUGAAGGCAAAUGCAUGUAUUUGAUCGGGGAAGUAUAAUUACGGAACAGAAGAGGCAUAAAUUGAAUGGACAUACCAGUUAUAAUACUUGUUCGAGUCAUUAUACCGGUGCCUUGUGCUGAUAUUCUUUGGACUCGCACUGUCGUAAAAGAACUGAUGGUAACAUGGUGACUUUGAAGACUCCAAUUUUAUUAUCUCUUCUGUGCCACAAACGGUGUUGGCAAGCAAGUACUGGCACAACUCGUGCCCUGUUCUCAGCCGCUGGGCAUGCUGGCAGGGGCUCCUUCCUUCGAUUGCAC